GAGAAGACUUUUUUUUUUUCCACUGGAGGAGGCGCGUUUUUGAUUGCAACCCCCUUCUUGAUGUCACCGCCAUUAAGGUAGAAGUCUCAACGGAGAACGGGAUGCUGAAGCUCUGCGUGUUCUGGGUUGCUCUCUUUAGAGCCCAUGGCAGCGUGCGUUUUGCGAGCCUGGGCGACCAAGUCACCCUGCCCUGCGACUUUGCCCCUGACGCCAAAUAUCUGUGCUGGUAUAAGCAGGUCGCAGGCGACAAACCCCAAAUCGUGUUCUGCUUGUACGUCUACACGCUCGACUCCCACAGUCACCAGAUGACGACGGACUUCAACAAGCGGAUGACAAUUCACGCCAGACAAAACUCCUUCCAUCUGAACAUUUCCAACGUGCAGCUCUCGGACACGGCCGUGUACUACUGCGGGCAGAGCCAUCUCAACGUCAUGAGCUUUGACAGCGGAAUCUUUUUGCUUGUGAAAGAAUCUACUCGCCUGUCCGUCCUCCAGCGUCCAACGUCCAUCACAGAGUCCCCGGGGGGCUCCGCCACACUGAACUGCACCAUGCACCCUGGAAGCAGCGACGGGGUGCACACCGUCUACUGGUUUCGAAAGGCCUCGGGCGACUCCCACUUGUUGUACGUCCACUCGGAGAUCAGCAGCGGGUGCGCAACGGCGUCGGAGAAGGGUUGCGUUUACAUGCUGUCCAAACGGGACAUCGCCGUGUCUGACGCCGGGACGUACUACUGCGCCGUCGCCUCCUGUGGCGAGAUCGUGUUCGGAAAGGGGACGUGUUUGGAGAUCGCAGGUGGUAAGACAUUGACGGACAGAGUGUUGACGUACUGUGUGCGAGCAUCUCUGCUUGUGUCCGUCGUUGUCAAUGUCUUUCUGAUGUAUCUCCUUAUCAAAAGGAGGAGGAGAGACAACCUAGUCCCAGGGAAAAUACCACAGCCAAAGGAUCCAGAAGACAAUAGGGACGACGAGAGUGAGGACGCCGCAUCUUUGCCAUACGUGGCUCUGGACUUCAAAAAGAGGCAGUCCAACAGCAGGAGACACAGGGGCCCAGAGGACAGCGUUUACUCCGGAUUGCGACUCAAACAGGUGGAUUGAUCAACAUCUGCAACGUCAAUCCCGCUUGAUGCCCAGAAGUUUUUUAACAUGCGAGACCUAUAAAAAAAAAAAAAAAGAAAUAGGACAAAUGUUUGAAAAUGGUUUUGGCCGUUAUUCACGCAAACAUGAAAGCAACACCAAUGCUACAAAAUAAAGUAACAUGAGGACA